AUGUUGUAUGAGGCUUCUAAAGACACAUGCAGAGGGUGCGAGAAGAAGAACACAAAAAUAUUUUCUUAUGACUUCUCAUAUGAUUCAACAGACAAAGGAAAACCUUCAUUUGUAUCCCAGGAAAUGAUUUUUAAUGAUUUGGGGCAUGAUGUCUUGAAAGCUGCAUGUGAGGGAUUUAAUGCUUGUGUGUUUGCCUAUGGACAAACUGGAUCAGGAAAAUCCUACACAAUGAUGGGUCACACGGAGGGAAAAGGGUUAAUCCCAAGGAUCUGUGAAGGCUUGUUCUCCAAAAUAGCUGAAAGAAGCAUGCUCGAUCAUCAUGUCUCAUUUCGUACAGAAGUCAGCUUUAUGGAGAUCUACAAUGAACGUGUGCAUGAUCUACUCCAAAAGAAGAGCAUGGCUACGGAUGGUGGAGGUUUAAGAGUGCGAGAACACCCGAGGGAUGGGCCGUAUGUUGAGCAUCUAUCUAAGCACUUGGUUCACAGCUACAGGAACAUGGAAGAGUUGAUAGCUGUUGGGAAUGCCAAACGUAUCACUGCCAGCACGGGGAUGAAUGACUGCAGUAGUCGCUCACACGCCAUCUUUACCAUCAACUUUACUCAGGCAUGGUUUGAUGCCGAGUUGCCGCGUGAGAUGCUGAGUAAGAUCCACCUGGUCGACCUGGCUGGCAGCGAGAGGGCUGAUGCAACUCGCACUUCAGGCGUCAGGCUGAAGGAGGGAGCCAACAUUAACAAAUCCCUCGUCACCCUCGGCACUGUCAUCUCGGCAUUGGCUGACCUCAGUGCGGUAGAGCGAACAAGCAAAAAGCAGAAGAUCUUCAUCCCUUACAGAGAUUCUGUGCUGACAUGGCUGCUUAAAGACAGCCUGGGUGGAAACUCAAAGACCACCAUGAUUGCAACCAUUUCCCCCGCUGAUCUGCACUAUUCAGAGACCUUGAGCACAUUGCGAUACGCUAGCCGUGCGCGAAACAUUGUGAAUUCCCCAACAGUGAAUGAAGACAGUAGCGUCAAGUUGAUCAGAGAGCUGCAGGCAGAGGUCACCAGGCUGAAGAAUCUACUAGAAGGAACCAAACUGGUUUCUCAUAAACAGCUGUCUUCCUCACUGAAGGUAGAGGAGGAGCUGCAUCAGAAUGAGGAAAAGAUUUAUACCCUAACCAAGGAGUGGACCUGCAGAUGGGAGGAAACCCAUAGUGUUCUGGAGGAGGAGGCGGUGGCUGUGAAGAAGGAAGGUAGUGCAGUGGUUUUGGACUGCCAGCUACCACAUCUGAUUGGCAUUGAUGAGGACUUGAUAAGCACCGGCAUCAGUCUUUUUUAUUUGAAGGAAGGCAAAACCCUGGUGAACCCUAACAAAGCAUCCUGUGGUCUGGAAAUUGCAGUUGGCGAACCCAAGCUCGGCUGUGUGUUUGAGAACCACGCUGGGAUUGUGACUCUCAUCCCUCAAGAGGGUGCAGUGUGUGCAGUCAAUCGCACUGUAGUAACUCAUCCCUGUCAGCUGACUCAGGGUGCCAUCAUACAGCUAGGGAGCAGAACCCUAUUACGCUUCAACCACCCCACCGGAGCUGUCGACCUCCGAGAGAAACAGCAGGCUGUGCGGAUAUCGAGAAUCAGCCUGUCUCCAAAAUGGAAAUCUAAAAUCCCCUCCAAGACGACACUUGCCACUCCAAGUGUUAUUGAUCUACUUAUUUCCAGGACGGAGUCAAAACUGGUGACCUGUUCUCCUGACUACCCAAUAAAUGAAAUACCUGGAACAUGUCCUGUCCCUCAGACUGGUUUCAAUUUGGGUGGAGACAAACAGAAUGGAGUAAGCACUGGGGGUGACCUGGAACAGGAGACCGUUCGAUGUCAUAAAUCACAGCCAGAGCUCAUGUCUGAGCACCCUUGGAGGGAAGCUGAGAACGCAGCUGAAGUAGCAUAUUGUACGGGAAAGGAGGUGUGGUCAGGGGAUGCCAGCCUCCAGCACACAAGUGUCCUGGGCCUAGUUGAUGGAUGUGUCAUAAAGCCAGAGGGGAAAGCUAACGAGAUCCAAGGUGUUGUGGCUCAUUGCUACAGGGGGAGACCUGGCUCUGGUGGGAGCUCAUUAGGCAACGUGUACCACCUUCAGCAUUCAGGGAGCAAUAGUGCCACGUCAUCCCCCCGACAGGCCAGCACUUCUCAGCUCAAAGAACAUGCUCUUGGCAAUCAGGGAGCCUGCCCUCCACCUGAGGAAACUAUCUUAGAGGAACAGCCUGGCUGUGGAGACAUGACUGGUUUUGUAUGUUGUAAAGAUUCUGCAAAAGAGUCUGUGGGAUCUGCGGUUCAAGGCUCACGACUGAGCGGUUUGGUUAACAAAGUGAGUUGCAUUGUCCAAGAUGCUCGGCAUUUCCUUUGGCGCUCCUCCAUGGCACUCCGCCCGUUUGAAGAAAAAGGACAAAAGCCAUUUGUGGCCUACUGGUCGAAUCAUCUAAUUUCUCUUGCCAGGAAAAGCAAGGUCAUGUCUGUCAUUGACAGCCAAGUCUUCUCUCUGGUUAGAGACAGUUAUGUCUUUUCACGUUUUAAGGGUAGUCACAUUUAUUCAAUGACCAAAUAUCUUCCACUGAUGCAGAACAUCCAGAUGGACAUAAUGGGACAUCUUAGUGGCAGUGAAACUACUGUGAUUAUUCAUGACUACAACCGUCAAAACCCCCUACAACUCCCACUCCUGUCCCAGACAGAUGAAAUUAUUAAAGCCAAGAGCAUUCCAGAUAGCCUUCAUGAACUUACAGAAAAUGGCUUGCAAACAAAUAUGACAACUGAAAAUCUGUAUUUACUAGCAGAGGACAUGGAUGGCUGUUUAACACAGGAGGAGGCGAGUACUGAGAUUACUCAAGCACCCACAGAUUUAGAUCAAACAUUUGAGAGCUCUGUAAGUGGUCCAGAGCGUGAGGUCCAAAGAUUUUUUCUAAUGUCGAUCAAAUAUCCAGAUCCUCUUGUUAACCUACAAAAUCUCUCAUUAAGAGACCUGAGAACAUCUAUACAGUUAGUCCUAUCAAGCACACUGCUGGAUUCUCAUAAAAUUGUAGCGCUCUUCUGGCUUAAUGCAGCAAAAUGCAGCCAGCCUGAACCCUGUCCUGCUCUCCUGGUCCUCUCGGAGGUGGGACUUUAUACAUUGACCGCAGAAUCUGGGCUGCUGGUGGCGUUUCAUCAGCUCCCCUUCUUGCAGCUGAAGGAGUUGCAGGUAAGCCUUGCAGGCUACGGUUUGCGUUUGAUGGGCACGACCGAGGAAAGCAUCUUGGGUGUGUACACUCACAGCCAGCUACUUACCAAAGAGUUGUGCUCUGCCAUACUAGGCGUAAUAUAUCCUGGAGACAGCAGAGUCUCUCAGCACCCUGUAUUUAGUGGAGACUGGAGGCCACUUGGGACUGGAUUGUCAUUUGACACACAGGCUUGCGUACCUGACCUUCUGCUGGAUGCGGAUUUGCGAGUAUGCUGGCAAUUUCAGAAGAGUCUUGCAGAUCUUCUUUAUCUUCUACAUUGCAACAUGGAAGAAGAACUGGUCAUCAUCCUUGGAGAGGUGCAGCUCUUAAUGUACACAAGCGUGAAGGUUCAAAUUAGUCCCAGUAGUGACACUGAAGUUUUGGCCCAGCUUUUACUCACUGAUACCCACCUAGGUGUGGUGCAGGAGGAUGUUGUCUUUCACCCACCUCCACGUUCUGUCUCUGUAUGGCCCUGCCAUCCCCAGUUCCGCAACUUGAGCCUUCGUCAGCGCUCCGAUGUACGCUGUAUGCUGGUACAUGAUGAAGAUGAGUGCGGAGCUGUUGGACUGGAUCUAAUCCUUUCAAACGUGAGGGCCGGAGGUCACCCUGACAGUGUGACUAAAGUGGCUGCCCAUGCUUCUAAUUUAUCUCCACAUGCAGAGAUGUGGAAAUUAACUUUCCUUUGCUCCACUGAGGCCGCAUGCCUGAUUAAUCAUUUGUCAAGUGCCUGAUGAACAACUGACAGACAGUAAUGAGCUGCUCAGCUUGAAGACACACUAAGAAUUAGCAACCAGUGAAAAAACCCACCUGUGGCUAUGACUAUGACUGAUUUUGAUGUUUGAUUCAACUCUCCAUAAAAUUAAAAUUUUAAAUGACGCAAGUUUAACUUGUAAAAUUUUAAAAUGCUUGAAAAAUUGUUCUUUUCAAUUAGUUUUAAUCAUUACAAUUAUACCUAUCGUCUUUUACCAGAUACUGUCAUGACGAUUCUGUUCCAGUUUAUUUACUUUGUUAGGUUACAAUGAUUGCUAUUUAAGGAUUUUAGCCAUCUUGAAUAAAUAUUGUGAUUAAGUUAUGUAUACAAGUAUUUGUUAUUGAAUGUUUUAUUUAAAGUUAUGUUUGUGAAAUGAUGUAAAUAAAAGAUAGGUA